GAAGGUUGAGUAAUGUAUUUUAAACACUGAUACGGAAGCGGGAAUGUCUGUUUACUGCACAGAGACAGAAAGAGAUGAGUUUGUUUGAAAGUCUAUGUUUUAUUGCUGACUCUUUUGCCUCUAAAAGGGCCAAUGUUCCACAACUAUAUUUGUCUGAAAAAAGCCAGUUUUUUGUCUCAACAGAAAAACUCAGCUGAAGUUUUUGUUCCAAAGAGAUAGAAAAAGAGUAGAAAUACACACGGUACGGGGAAAACGGAAAGGUGCCAUAGGCCGUAAUUCUCCAAGUAGUCAGAAUGGUGUCGCUCUAUCCCUUCGCAUCUCUAUAGUGGAUUAAUAUGUUUGGCAGCAUAGGAAGUUAAGAGUGGAAAAUCUGUUCACUAUUAGACCGGAAGUAGCAAUAAGAAUUGCGAUGACGUGUGACUCUGAUAGAGAUAGAAAGACUCUUUAAAGUCUACGGUGACUCGCAUCUUCUUUUUUAAAAAUCUCUAGUGAUUGUCACUUGAGACCGGUCUGAUAUACAGUACUGUGAAGCUAGCAACGUAGACAGCGCCGUCGCCGGCUUAGUGCGUCAUCGUGAAGCUUCUCGAGUCUCUGUGCCAGCAUGGACGAGGAAAGGGGCGCCGCUAGUCUUGGAACGGCAACUGCAGCCCCCCAGCAGGACCCGGCUCUUGGGGAGCUACUAGGAGACGAAUGUUAUGCUGACUUUUUAAAGGAAGACUUUGAUGUAAAGGCAUACACCUCACAAUCUAUUCAUCAAGCUGUAAUAGCUGAACAGUUAGCAAAACUUGCUCAAGGGAUCAGUCAGCUGGAUAAAGAACUCCAUUUGCAAGUAGUUGCAAGGCAUGAGGACUUACUGGCACAAGCAACUGGCAUAGAAUCUCUGGAAGGUGUUCUUCAAAUGAUGCAGACCAGAAUUAGUGCCCUACAAAGUACUGUUGACAGAAUCAGGGCCAAAAUUAUUGAUCCAUACAACAAAAUAGUGUCUCGCACUGCACAGUUAGCAAGGCUUCAGGCUGCCUGUGACUUGCUGCGGAGAAUUAUACGCAUCUUGUAUCUCAGCAAGAGACUUCAAGGACAGCUGCAGGGAGGAAGCAGAGAGAUAACAAAAGCUGCUCAGAGUCUCAAUGAGCUUGAUUACCUUUCUCAAGGAAUAGAUCUCUCUGGAAUAGAAGUAAUUGAAAAUGACCUGCUUUUUAUGGCAAGAGCUCGACUUGAGGUGGAAAAUCAGGCUAAACGGUUGCUUGAGCAAGGAAUAGAAACUCAGAAUCCUACUCAAGUAGGAACUGCUCUUCAAGUUUUCUAUAAUCUUGGAACUUUGAAAGUCACAAUAACGAAUGUUGUGGAUGGAUACUGUGUAUCCUUGGAAGAAAACAUCAACAACGCCUUGGAUAUUAAGGUUUUGACUCAGCCUUCUCAAACAGUAGUUAGAGGUGGCCCUGGCAGAGCAACUAUGCCAACACCAGGAAACACGGCAGCUUUCAGAGCAGCUCUGUGGACCAACAUGGAAAAAUUGAUGGAUCAGAUCUGUGCAGCUUGUGGGCAGGUGCAACACCUGCAGAAAGUAUUGUCCAAGAAGAGAGAUCCUGUUACACAUGUGUGCUUCAUUGAUGAGCUAGCAAAGUAUGGCCAGUCGGACAUCUUGUACAUGUUUUGGACAGCAGUGACACGAACCCUUGCCUCCCAGUUUCAGACUGCAACAGACUCAUCCAUGUUUUUGAAGCAAGCUUUUGAAGGGGAAUAUCCUAAAUUACUGAGACUCUAUAAUGAUUUGUGGAAGCGCAUUCAACAAUACAGUGAAAAUAUUCAAAGAAAUUUUAAUAGAAAUGAAAGUGCGGAACACUUCUCUGAACUUCAACAGAUAGAAGAUGAUUCACAGGACAUAUUCAUGCAAAAGAAACAAGAUUAUGAUCCAGAAAUAGCCCUGAAAGAUUCUCUGCAACCUUAUGAAGCUGCCUACUUGUCCAAGUCAUUAUCACGACUCUUUGACCCAAUCAACCUCGUCUUUCCACCUGGGGGUCGCAAUCCUCCUUCAAUCGAUGAACUUGACAGCAUCAUCAAAACCAUUGCAAGUGAACUAAAUGUUGCUGCUGUGGAUCCAAACCUCAGCUUGGCUGUAUCAAAAAAUGUGGCAAAAACCAUUCAGCUGUAUGGUGUAAAGUCUGAGCAGCUUCUGUCCACACAAGGAGAGGCCAGCCAAGUGAUUGGGCCAUUAACAGAAGGACAAAGAAGAAAUGUAGCUGUAGUUAAUUCACUGUACAAGCUACACCAGUCUGUGCUAAAAGUAGUCUCCAGCCAGAGUGCGUUUCCAGUAGCUUCUGAGCAAACAAUUAGCACAGCCUUGAAGACAAUCCAUGAUUUGAUGGGAAAUGCUGUGCAACCUUUACUGAACUCAGUAGAAGACUCAAUAGAGGCUAUUAUCAUCACUAUGCAUCAGGAGGACUUUUCUGGGUCACUGCCCACUUCAGGAAAGCCUGAUGUCCCUUGUUCUCUCUACAUGAAAGAGUUGCAGGGCUUCAUAGCAAGAGUAAUGAAUGACUACUUCAGGCACUUUGAAUGUUAUGACUUUGUUUAUGAGAGCACUGAAGUCAUUGCUCAGAGAGCGAUUGAACUUUUUAUUCGUCAUACCAGCCUUCUAAGACCCCUGGGUGAAGGUGGGAAAAUGCGACUUGCUGCUGACUUUGCACAGAUGGAGUUAGCAGUGGCUCCCCUCUGCAGGCGGGUGUCUGAUCUGGGAAAAUAUUAUAGGCUUUUGAGAUCAUUCAGACCAAUGUUGUUCCAGACUAGUGAACAUAUGGCCAAUAGCCCAGCUGUGGGAGAUAUAAUUCCAUUUAGCACCAUUCUUCAAUUUUUAUUUACAAGAGCACCACCUGAAUUAAAAUCCCCUUUCCAGAGAGCUGAAUGGACCAUUGCCCGUUAUUCACGAUGGCUUGAUGACCAUCCCUCUGAGAAGGACAGACUCAUUUUAAUAAGUACAAGACGUACCAAAACAAAAAAGAAACCCACACAUAAAACCCACUUGUGCAGCAAAAUUGACGUGUUAAUCUUCCACUGUGAGAGUGAAGAUCACAAGAGGUGCUUUGGAAGCAUAUGUUCAAUCAGUAAGAAGUAGAGAAGGAAAGGAAUUUGCUCCAGUCUAUCCCAUAAUGGUACAACUUCUACAGAAAGCAAUGUCUGCUCUUCAGUAAAACAUUUUUUGAAGGCAUUGGGAAUCCUAUGAUGCAUUCAUCAGCGUUGGUAGGAUAAUACUUUAGAAUUAUUUUUUUUAAUCUCCUACUGCAAAAAUCACAUUUUCACACUUAAACCAGAUAUUCCCUGCAUAGUUCAGCUUUCCUUUAAAAGUGCACACUUUUCUGAUGUGUUUUCUUUCAAACAAGUUUGAACUUAAAAAACCAAACAUGUAUGUAUAUAGAUGUUCUUUUUCCAUUUACAAAUGAAAAUGCUUUUAUGCAUGCAAAAUACAUCAUUGCUUUUCAAUAACAAUGCUAAAGCUUUAAAGUAACUUGCUUUAUCUUUCAUAUGACUUCCAUGUACAUGUAAAAGAAUUACAUACAAUGUUCUGAUCUUGAACUCAUUAUGUAAAAGUUCUAAUUGGAAAUCUAUUUAAUUAAAAACAUUACACAUUUACUUGA